AUGGAGAAGAAAUUUGACAGACUUAGCAACUUACCUUUCGAUGUUCUAGAACAAAUUUUGUCAUGUUUGCCCAUUAAGGAUGCAGUGAAAACGAGUGUUUUAUCAAGCAACUGGAGGUACAAAGCGUCUACGCUUCCAAAUCUUGUGUUUGAUGAUCAUUGUAUCUCUGGUGAAUUCUUAUCUGUUAAUUCAUCGAGCAUUGAUAGUUACAAUAAUUACAAUUCUCUUAUGCUUCCGUAUCAUCGUUUGUGUGAUAAACAGUACUACUCUGCCUGGUGCCCAAACCAUGCAGCCAUUGUCAAUAUUGUUGAUCACGUACUCUCUUCUCACAUUGGUCCCAUACACAAGUUCAGGAUUUCCCAUCCCCAUCUUCAAGCCAGCCACGAUAUUGAUAGAUGGAUUCUUCAUCUAUCAACAAAGUCUGUCAGGGAGUUCAGUCUUGAAAUCUUGACGUGGCGCCCCUACCGUAUCCCUUCAUGUCUGCUUUCGUGUCAAGAUAUUGUUCAUCUAGAGUUGUAUCAUUGUUUGCUAAAACUACCAAGCAAAUUCAAAGGUUUUGAGAAUUUGAAGAGCAUGGACAUUCAGCGUGUUCGCCUCUCCCGCCGUGUUCUUGAAAAGCUAAUUAUUCGUUGUCCACUGCUUGAGAGAUUGACACUGGCAAACUGUGAUGGUUUCAGCCAUUUCAAGGUUAAUGCACCGAAUCUCCGGAUACUUGACCUUGAAGGUAAAUUUGAGGAUUUCAUUCUCGAAAAUACCUCAAAUCUGGCUGAGGUUUGCAUUGAUUUGGACUUCAAGGCUAACCAAAAACAGAUUCUCGACUGUAAUUCUAGCAAUUUGCUCAAAUUUUUUGCUGACUUGCCUAAUAUUAGAAAGCUCAGAGUUCAGAAUCAGUUUAUAAAGUAUCUGGCUGUUGGUCCUUCGGCAGACUUGUUGCCUGAACCAUGUCGGUAUCUUGAAUUUCUUUCUGUAUGCGUAAGCUUCAGUGAUUUGGAUGAGAUUCUAACUCUUCUAGGCCUUUUGAGAAGCUCCCCUGCACUAAAAGAACUAGAAAUUUUGGUCUGCAAAGAAGAUAACGCUGGUGGGGGAGAAAUGUAUUCUGGGCUACAUGACAAUGUGAGUUGUCAAUUCACCCAACUGCAACUUGUUAAAAUAACAGGCAUCUCUGUCAAAGCUGAAUUAGAUUUCAUCAAAUUUCUGCUUUUAAGUUCACCCGUGCUUAAGACGAUGACUGUUACGCCUACUUCUGUGAAUGAUUUUCUGGAACUAGUUGGAGAGUUGCUCGGGUUUAGGUGUGCCUCAGCGAGUGCCAAUAUAAUCUACUUAGAGCCAUGA